AUGACGGAAUAUUGUACAACAGGAUGUUUUUAUAUUUUUUAUCCAUCCUGGCGUUAUGUACUUGUAUAAUAACGAUUUUGUUUUUGAAAUUUACAUCUCUGAAGAAUUUGAACUCUGGAAAUCAACAUCAGCAGGGAAAUGCAUUACUGUCCUCACUUGAGUUCUUGAGGCUACUAAAGAAAUCAAAGCCAUUUCCUGUUGGUAAUGUGAAAAGUUGGAGAAUUUUGUCCUGUAACAACGGGAACAGAACAUGGACAAGGAAAUUCACCACCAGUGGGGGCACAGAUUUCAAUGCUAUCGCAAGCUUUAUCAAACUUCCCUCUUCUGCUCAGGUUGUACAUCAUACUCUAAAAGAUGCAACAAAGACAGUGGAGUGGAAACCAGGGGUGGCAUCAGCUGUAUACAGAGCUUCAGAGAGAUCCACCCCUCGUAGAUCCUCCUCUUGGAUGGACACCAGUGUAGGGGUGGAUCAAGUGAUAGAAACAGUGGCGGAGACAGUCUUCCAAGAGAAUAGUCUCAUAGAGAUGUAUGAGCAAGUUCUAACAAGAUACUGGUUUCGAGAGGAAAAUGGAUGCUGCUGGAUUCUUGAAUCAAAUAUUGAAAAGCAUGAACACACAUUUUACCUUAUACAGCCAUUGGAAGAUGUGGAUACAGCAUUACUUACCGUACUAAGCUAUUCAAACAAUACCACCAGGAGUUCAGCAGUAGAAAAAAUGGUAUCAGACCGUCUGUGUUCAAUAAAAGACUACUUCUUCUACAGAAAACUUAAGGCAACCCCGUUUGUUGAUUUAAAACUGCCAAGCAAGCACCACACUUAUCGAGGAUUCGAUGCCCUGUCUUCCAGUGAUGAUGAAGAUGACUGCAACAUCUACCAUCAGAAAUUUCUCCAUCUCCAUCCAGAGGAGAGAACAGCUGUCCUUCAAAAAUCCGAGUCCAUCCUGAAACUUUCUCCCUCCAAGUUUUCUUCCAGACAGCGAACCUUUUCGGACAAUGUGAGCAUUAAGGACCUUUCCGGAAGUGACCGAUCUCGCCCCCGCUCUCUGACACAUCCUCACUCAACUAACUCAAUACACGACUUACAUUCCAAAGACAAUAACAAUGUUGCCAAACCAGCCUCUAAUGAUUUGGUGCUAAAAGAAGAGAACGGUGCUUUAGUGACAGAGAAUGGUACUAAGGGGGAGACACUGGAACAGCUGACCCCUUCCUCCCCCGUCUCCCCUCAGGUAGUGGAUGAGUCCAUCAGUGAUAUGUCUGACUUAAGUGAAUCUUCUAGUCAGGAAAAAGAGGACCACCGUGGCACAGAUGAUGAAAAACAUGCCAGAGAGGUGGCAAAGAACACUACAUUGGCCAAUCAAGUGGCAGCAGAGUUACUGGCCUUGGUUCACCGAGUGUCAAACCUCGAUCUAAAGGCAUCAGCUCAGCAACAGCAAGAUUCAACCGGAGGAUGGAUGUUUUGUGGCUUUGAAAGUGAUGUGGUGAUCAUCAAACGUCAGUUUCAUAACAUCAAUCUAUCAGGAAGUUACAUAGGAAAGGGCAUUAUUCAGGCGUCUCCUCAAGCUGUGAUGGAUGCUGUGAAGAAUCCUAGGACAAGAUACACAUAUGAUGAUAGCUUAAAGAGAGUAGACAUCUUACAACAUGUCACAGACAAGAUCAAAAUAGUAUACUACAGCAAUGAUGUGCUCCAUAAGUUUAAGAAGUACCAGUAUGACUGGUGUGUGAUACAGAGUGAGAGACAAGAUGGAGAAAAACUAGUACUGUCAAUGGAGUCGGUGGAAAAUGACCUUCCUGUGCCUGUUGGGGUCAAUAGGUUAAAGAUUCUUCCAAGUGGGUGGAUUAUUGAACCAGUCAUUCGAGACAACAAGACAGUUUCAUUGGUGACUUAUGUCAUGCAGAUGAAUUAUGGGUUGUGUUCUGAUGGAGCAGCAGACAAAGUUCUAAUUGAUGAAAUGGUAUCCAAGCAACCCCUCAGCAUAGCCUACUUACGUCAGUACUUACGCCCGCCCCUGGCUAAGGCACGGAAGAUAUCUCCUAGCAGAAUGCACCACUCCAAGAAAACACUAUAGAGCUGUACUUGUCAAGUAACAUACUAUAGGUGAAGUAGUACAGUACAAUGUAAGUGUACUCAGCAAACUGCCAGUACAUGUACAUCUUAAUUGAGCUUGUUGCCACUUUGUGCCAUACCAUUGUUACCAUUGUUAUAAUGAUAGCUGUGUACUGAGGUACCAUUAUAUGGUGUAUAUUUACGUAUUGUGUUCCUCGAAGUCUGUUUUAAUAUCAAUAUGCUUGUUAUAAAAGAGUUUACAAUGUUUGAAAAUAUCAAUUGAGAACAAAAUGAAUGUUGCAUGUAUUAAUAUCAUAUCAGAACAACUGAAUUUCUUUUUUUACAAUUGUAUUAUUGCAGAGAAUUACGAUUUUUGGGUUAAUAUUCAGCUAACCUGAAUUGAAAGGGCCUCAGUGUUAAGAAUGAAAAUACACUGUAUGUGGAGAAAAUGUUUAAGAUCUUUUUAAACAAGACUUAUUUUAUUAAAAUGUCCAAGAUAUUUUGUAUUUGACUUUAUAAAGCUGCUCUGGUCACAGUUUUAGCUAUUGUUGCUCAGGUAAGCAGUGUGGCCCUCGAGCAACUUGUUUCUUUGGAGGGAAUAGGAAAAGGGGUUUGAUGGGGGAAAAACAAUAUGGUCUCGGUGUUUUAUUACAAACAGCACAUUUAUUGAGUGUUAUGGUAAACUGUUGAUGUUUUUCAUUAAACAAUAAGUACAAGAGCUAUUAGUCUAGUUUCAUUGUAGGUACUUACAAAAAUUUACACUUGAUAUUACUUGAAACAGUAUUUUGUAGUGUAUAUAUUUUAGUUUAAGUGGGUGCUAACUUUUGAAUCAAUAAUAUGAUACAUAUAACACAGUAGCAAUGCUUUUAAAAGGAUCACUGAAACUCCAGCUGAAUUGUACAUUUAUUAUGUUUUAUUGAACAACAAAAAAAAAGAACAAAUGCACACUUCUUUUGUAUAAAGUAGUUAUGAUUUUGAAUUAAAUUUAAAAAUAUAUACCAGGUAAGGUAAUUUAAGGUUGUGUUAGCUGACUCUGUCUGGAAAUGAUUAGCGAAAUCGUUAUUUUCUUUCUGCAUUUACCUUAAUUUAUUAUAGAUUGUCUUUCACCCUUCCUGAUGACUUACAUGACUUGUACACUUUAACGUGUACUGAAUUUAACUAUCAUUGAAAAAAUGAUAGAUUGUUUUAAUGGUAUUGAUUUUGUGAAAUGGAGACUAAUUCUACAAAUUUAUUCAAAUUGAAAUCAAGAUUAUUUCUGUUAACAUUAAUUUAAGAGAUUGAGAAUUGGAUGUGAUUUGUUUUCAGUGUUAAUAUACAUUAUGCACAUGUACUUAGAAUAUGUAUACAGUUGCUGCAUUGUAUUUAUAUUAUUCAAAAUAAGCCCACACUUGUUGUCAAAUGAGAGCUUUAAUUCAUUCAGUGAUAUAUAAUGUACUUUUAUAUUUAUUGCAUAUUAUCACAGCCAUAACUAGGCAAGCAAUGCAUGUGUAAUUUGUUUAUGAUAGCCAAUUAAGCUGAGGUUAUAUAUACACAAUUUUAAAUGUAUGAUUAUACAAUUGAGUGCAGAAUUUUCAAUGUAGAAGAAAAGCUUAAGGGACUUAUUAAUGUUCAUUUGACUUAAUAAGUUCUCCAUCAGGCUGGUCAAUUUUAAUUUUUUACAUACAUUGUAUUAUGGUGCUUUUACUACAUGCUACCUUUGUUCAGGCUUUUUAAGGAAGACUUGUGUGUGUACACAUUAUAUGUACUACCAAUAUGUUAUGCAUGUAGAUGUAAAUGUUUUAGAUCAUCAAUGGAACCUUGUAUACAAUUCCACAGAUACUUGUACCGGUAUUUAAUUUGUUUUAAUUAUAAUUUAUUUUAGGGGAUGGUAGUCAAAGUACUGUGUUUUAGUGUAAUUCAGUUGUAGAAGAUGCAUUGAGAUUGGGGUGAAUCUAGAAAGUUGAUAGCAAUUAUUGGCCCCCAAGUGUUUCAAUGAAAAAGAAUGAUGGAAUAUAAAUAUAAGGUUGAAAUGAUUGUUAAGCUCUGAACAACAUGUACACAUAUGCUGUAUAUAUGCUAUUAUCAAUUAAUAUUAUAAGUGUAGCAUAUCUGCACAAUGACCUAUCUUACGAGAUCCCCGAUAAUACUCGUACACAUUUAACUCUUGCCUUCCCUAGAGUUAGCUAUCUUUGGGGUGUUAUAUGUACUUAUGAAAUUAAUUUGAAUCUUUUUUAAACCAAACAGUAUUGCCAGAAAAAUAUAUCAUUUCAAGGUUUUUCUGAUUUUUUUUAAAUGCACAUUUGGGUUUUUUUUUCUUGUAAAGAUCUAUUUAUUUUGCUAUGUCCUGUUUUCUUUUGAACUGCAUGUACCGCUAUAUAAUUUAUUCUAUAAAUGUGUUAAACUCAAUACAUUUUACUUAUUGUGUUAUAGAGAUAGUUGAAGACAUGUAUGAGAUUAAGUAUAGCAAUUAUAUACAGUAGAUUGUCAAAAUUUAUCAUUUUCCCACAAAGUUAAACCUGUUGUGAAUAUUAUCAUUAGUUUUCAAAAAUGUUUCAAAGCUUAUACCUUGAUCAUUGCAGCAUGAAUUUAAAACCACCAUGAUUGUUACUUUUUGAAGCAAGUCAUAAAAUUUUAUCACUGUUGAAUUGAAAUGACUUACAGUAUGCAACCUGUACAGCUAUUUUGUAGAAGAUGUACAAGAUAUGGGUAAUCAUUUUAAGUUUUGUUUUAUCUACUUUAUUAUGGUGAUGUGUGUGUAUAUAUAUACAUAAUAUUAUUUUAAAUAUUGCCUUACCCCACACAAUUUACUUUUCCUUAUAUUAGAAACAACCUGUAUUCCUUAUAUUGGAAAACUGUAAACAGUGAAAAAUACUCUCCCCCCGUUUAUUUUUGCCCCAUUUGCCCUCAUUGUCAGCGGUUGAAUUUAAGAUUUGGAAAAUUCCUAUGUCUCAAACUGUCUCUCUUUAUGCACAACUUUGUCUAGGCGAAUUCAAGACAGGGUGAAGCCGUUUGUAAGUGAAAAAAGUGAAAAUAACACAGGGGCGAAAAUAUCCCUGUUUACAGUAAUCUUUAAAAUGUUUUUGUUUUAACUGCUGGUGUAUAAUAAUGACUUCUGAAAAUUUAGAAUUUCCCUUUUUUAUUCAUGAGGAAGAUUGACAUAUUUUCAAUUAUUUUUUUUUCUAUUUUUUUUUUUUUGUCUAUUUGCUUUUAUUAAUUACCUGGAUUGGAAGUUUGGGUUGGGUGUAUUUUCCUAGUCGCAUAAAUCAGCAGGAUUGUUAUCAUACAUUUAUGAUGUUACAUUUACAUUGCACAUGAACUAUACUACCAGUGUUUCCAUAUUUAAGAAGUUCUAUAACCGGUGAUAUAUAAAUUCAUUUCCAAAUCAAAACAGUUAUAAUUAAGGGUAAAAAAGUGUAAGAAUAAUUUUUUCAUUUAAUAUUUUUUUUUUAUUUCCUGUUCUGUUUUAGUUUAGUCCCAUAUUGAUUCAGUUUUAAUCAAUUUUUAUUUCAAGAGUGGUAUAUGAAAUAGAAAUACUCUGUAAACAUGCAUGAUAUUGUAGGUAAUUUAAUGUAGACAUAUGCAAUUAGACAAUGAUAAUAAAUAAAAUAUGCUGUAAAUUUUGUGAUCUUUGAAAGUCAAGAAAUGAGUUAUGCAUAUUGUAGUCAAGCUAUGCUGUGUAUCUUAUAAAAGUUGUUUACAUCUACCUGCGAUGUGAAUUUUAUAAAAAUGUUUUACUGUACUUCUAAAUGUAGUAUAUACAUUUUGUAUACAUGUAUGCAUAUUCAAAAGUUGUAAAACAAGGUCUGUAGCAAUAAACAUUGUCAGUUUGAAGUAUAUUGUGAGCAUUCUGUAGAUUUGUCAGAAACUUGUUCAGUCACAUCAGAAAGCCAGUCUAUUUUAACAAUAAUGCUAGAACUGUUUUGUUUCAGCAACCAUGUAUUUUUCUGUUGCAUGUUACCAAUAUGUUGGGUGUAUUGUUGCUCAAAUUAUCAAUAAAAAAUAACUAUUAACUCAUAA